AUGACUUUGUAUGGUGCCAUUGUUGAGGUAAUUGUAGAAGUGGGGAAUGAUCCAUCGUUUGAUAAAUUCGGUGAAACUGUGCUUUUGCUUGAUGUGCUUCAAUCAUUUGAUUUUAUCUUCAUGUUAUAUAUGAUGGUUGAGAUUUUGGGAAUUACAAAUGAUUUGAGCCUAGCACUACAAAGACGUGAUCAAGAUCUUUUAAAUGCUAUAUCACUUGUUAAUGAUACCAAAAAACAAUUACAAGAAAUGAGGAAUGAGGGGUGGGAAGAACUUAUAUCUAGGGUUGUGACAAUUUGCACUAAACAUGAGAUUGAUGUACCUGAUAUGGAUGCACCAUAUAUGGAAGGAAAGAAACCUAGGCGAGUCCCUUCGGUUUCUAGUGUUUCUAAUUUGCAUCAUUAUAAGAAUGAUUGUUUGUUUAGUGUUUUAGAUUUGCAAUUGCAAGAGCUUAAUGCUAGGUUUGAUGAAGAGAAUACCGAACUUUUACAAUGUGUUUCAUGUUUGAGUCCUGCAAAGUCAUUUUCUGCUUUUGAUGUGAACAAAUUAUUGAGGAUGGCUGAGCUUUAUCCAAAUGAUUUUGUAGAUGUGUCGGAAGUGGAGUUGCGCAGACAACUUCAUAAUUAUGUUAGAAAUGUUAAAUCUGAUCCAAAAUUUGCAAAGUUGAAAGGGCUUUCGGAUCUUUGUGCAAUACUUGUGGAAACAAAUAAGUGCAAGACACUUGCUUUGGUUUUUAAGCUUUUGAAGUUGGCUUUGCUCUUGCCGGUUGCAACUGCAAGUGUUGAACGUGUUUUUUCAGCUAUGAAGAUUGUGAAGAGUCAUUUACGUAACAAAAUGGGUGAUCAAUGGUUAAAUGAUCGGCUUGUAACUUUUAUCGAAAGAGAUGUUCUUUUCACAAUUAGCACUGAUGUUAUUCUAGCUCAUUUUCAACAAAUGGAUGGCAGAUGA